AUGGCUUUACGUGUAGUUGCAGAGAGACUAUCUGAGGAAGAAAUCAGUGGGCUCAAAGAACUAUUCAAGAUGAUAGACACAGACAACAGUGGGACCAUCACGUUUGAAGAGUUGAAAGAUAGUAUCAGAAGUGUUGGCUCAGAGCUUGUGGAAUCAGAGAUCCAAGAACUCUUGCAAGCAGCUGAUGUUGAUGAAAGUGGAACAAUUGACUAUGGAGAGUUUUUGGCUGCAACAAUCCACUUGAACAAGCCGGAGAGAGAGGAUAAUCUAGUGGCUGCAUUCUCUUUCUUUGACAAAAAUGCUAGUGGUUGCAUCACUAUUGAUGAACUCCAACAGGCUUGGAAUCAGUUUGGUAUAAAAGAUUCACAUCUUGAUGAAAUGAUCAAAGACAUUGAUCAAGACAAUGAUGGACAGAUAGACUAUGGAGAGUUUGUGGCAAUGAUGAGGAAAGGCAAUGACAAUGUUGGAAUCAGCAGGAGAACAAUGAGGAACACUCUCAACUUUGAGAAUCCUCUUCCUCAAGAGUCAAAUGAAUGA